AGAAACAGCCAAAGUCUGAACCAGAGGCGAAAACGAAGUUGGGUGUCAGACGAACGAUGGAUCGGGCUGAGGCUGACAGGCAAGUUCAACUUCCGCACCGUACAUAAAAGCGAACCUUCCACCUCCGCCAGCCUCCCCAGCUCUCUCUGUGACCACCACGAUCUCUUGAAUCGAAAUCGUCUCGUCAUAGUGCUUUCGCAUUGCUAUUUUCUUGCUCUUCGUUUCUUCUUCACGCGCCUUCAUCAUGAAGAUUACGCCGAGCUCUUCUCUCCUCCUCGCAACGCUCGCCAUCUCUUCGUCGUCCUCCAGUCUAGCGGCGCCAACCGAUGCUCAGGGGAAUGACCUUCAUGCGCUCUCAAGCUCGUCAUCAGUGCAUGCGUUGGCGAGGGAUGAUCGGAUGUCCGCCCACAUUGGAGGCGGAAACGUGGACGUCGGCAUGGAUGAGCAGCCUCCUGAUAGUGCCUCUAUGCACUCGAGCCACAUGCCUCAUUCUAUUCGUACUCACGACCGACGACAGCUCAGCAGCCUCUUGGAGGGGUUGCUUGAUCCCCUCUACGAAGUUCCGAUAGUGGGCCCGGCAAUCGAGCCUGCCAUCAACGCGCUCACGUCGGUGUUGGACCUUCUUGGACUGGGAAGCCCCUCCGUCACUCUCAGCAACGAUCAAAUUGCUCAGAUCAGAGAGGCGGCCUCGCAGGCUGCGGAGAAUAUGGCUGCUGCUCUCCCAACCAUGACCAGCUCUGGAAAGCGAGCGGCCGCGCGCGACCAUGACGAUGGCACUUCCGCGGAUCCCUCCUCUACCGCCAAUACCACCGCGAUGCACGCCGGAAACUGUAGCUCGACGAUGUCGUGGCCAUAUUCUUCCUCCGCGACGCCCUCAUUCGAGGCAAUUGUGCUGGCGGCACCCACUCUGCCCGUCAGUCCUCCGGGCGCCCAGGGUAACUCAUCCAAUUCGACCGGUCCCAGCUCGGGCCUCGUCUCCCCUCCCAUCCCGCCGAACCCACCCAACACCCCCGUCUCUCCGCCCGAGGACGUCGAUAUCCCUACUGGCGCGUUGCCGCUGACUCCGCCCGUGUCGCCGCCCACUCCGCCUGUGUCGCCGCCCAUUGUGCCCGUUUCGCCGCCCACUCCGCCCGUCUCGCUGCCGAUACCGCCUAGUUCGUCGAACACGACGAACGCUACAGCCAGCAGCAACAACACUUCUGCAGCGACGUCCUCGGCUACUCCUGCUAUGUUCGAUGUACAGCAGAUGUUCGGUGAUAGCGACACAGACACGCCUCCCUUGUUCAUGUCGUCCACGGCGAACAGCUCUUCUUCGACCAUGAUGCCUUGUGCCACUGCCAACGACUCUUCGUUGGCGACGAACGCGUCCUCGACGGCUAUGGCGAGCAACAAUGGCACUUCUACUGCCGCACCUUCCGCUACCCCCGCGACGUUCGGCAUGCGAGCGUUCGGCGAUAGUGAGUCGUCUACCAUGGACGGCUCUUCCUCGAUGGCUAGCGAGUUCUCCACGACCAUGGAUGGGUCUUCUUCGAGCACGAUGCCUUCGACCACUGCGAACAGUUCUUCCUUGAUGAUGAGCGCGUCUUCCUCGACGAUGGACGGACCCUCGUCGAGCGUGACGCCUUCGGCUACUGGUUUCGCUUGAGGCUGCGCUUCUUCUUCUUACGAUACGGAUGCACACAUUACGACCUUUCACGUCUUGUCAUGUAAACCUAAGAAUCCAUAUAUACUGGCCAUGUUCUAUACCCACAUUUUACUAUUCCAUAAUCA